UCAAAAUGUGAUCUUGAUGAAGUUUAUAAGAAAGGGUUGGUGUCAAAAUGUGAUCUUGAUGAUGUUUAUAAGAAAGGGUUGGUGUCAAAAUGUGAUCUUGAUGAAGUUUAUAAGAAAGGGUUGGUGUCAAAAUGUGAUCUUGAUGAAAUUUAUAGAUCAAAGGUACUUCCAAGAUCUUGUCACAACCAAGAGACUAACAUAAUAUUGCAAACAGAACUAUCAUUUUCUGUUUAUAAUGAUCAAGAUUUUGAGGAGAUGAUUAAUGAUGGAAAAUUGGUGAGGGCUGUUACUAUAGGAAAUGAGAUAGAAGAUUUAGUUAGUGAUGAUUUUAGUUUUGGGAAAUGCAUCAUGGGUCUUAUUAAGGAAGACGAUGAUAAUGAAGAUUGCGAUGAGAAAGAAGAUAAAGAAUCUGAAGAAAGAAAUGAACCAGUUUGUCCAAUGUACCUUGCUGCUGGAUUUGGAAUUGAUGUUAGUGGCAUGAAUCAUAGCGGUGACAUAAAGUCUCUGACUAUGGGUGGGCUGAUGAGGGCGGGUAGUGGUGCUGACAUUGUACCGUUAAAUUUUGAUGAAAUUGGAGAUGUUGAAGCACAUUAUAAGAGUUUACUUGAAGAAUAUCCUUUCAACCCUUUGGUCUUGAGGAAUUAUGCUCAGCUUUUGCAGUCGAAAGGAGAUCUUUCUGGGGCCGAGGAAUAUUACUUUCAAGCUACACUAGCAGAUCCACAAGAUGGGGAUAUCUUGUCACAGUAUGCUACAUUGGUGUGGCAGCUGCAUCAUGAUAAAGAUAGAGCCUUGAGCUACUUUGAACAUGCCACUCAUGUUGAUCCCGAGAACAGCUAUGUCCUUGCAGCAUAUGCUAAUUUUCUUUGGGAGAUCAAUUAUGAUGACAACGAGCACGAUGCAGCUAGCCCUCUGCUGAAUCUUGCUGCAGGAUUUGGGAUUGGAAAUUGCGGAUUUAGCGGUGGAAUGACUCUGAAUGAGCUUAUAGCAGCAGAGGAUUACUACAAGAGUAUGAUUCAAGAAAAUCCAAAUAACCCCUUAGUUUUAAGAAACUAUGCUCAGUUCCUUGAUCAGUGUAAAGGGGACUUGAGAGGAGCUGAAGAAUACUACUCGCGCGCAGUAUUGACAGAUGCUAGUGAUGGAGAAAUUAUUUCACAAUAUGCAAAUUUUAUAUGGCAUCUUCAUCAUGACCAAAAUAAAGCCUCCUCUUACUUCAAAAGAGCAGUUCAAGCUUCUCCUGGAAACUGCGAUGUACUAGCAUCAUAUGCUAGGUUUUUAUGGGAAACAGAGGAAGACGAAGAUGAAGAUGAAGACAAAGACGAAGAUUCAGAUAAUCACAAAUAUCGAUUUCAAUAUUUUCAUGGAGUUGUGACUACUCCAAAUGUUUAAUCCCCCGAUACCAAGUAAAAUGAGUGAUCAGAGGGGAUUACAUGGUGGGAAAUCGAAAGUGAAAGUUUAGAUAAUCAAGUCAAUCAACUGAAC